AUGAACUAUAGGUUGAAGCUUUUGCGAGAAGAAAAGGGUCGCCUUCGAAUUAGAGGCGAAGAAUCUACCCCAACAAAUGAGAUGGAGGAAUUUAACGAAACGUUGGAGGGGUUAGAGGGCAAAAUAACGGAGUAUGAAAAACAGCUAGCCUUGGUACGAGAUGAAAUAAAAAAAUAUGAACAGGCCAUCGGAGAAGAAGACGAACAAAUUAAGAAUCUGAGGAAAUUAGAAUGUGACAUGCUCGAGGUCAUAAAUUUGACUCUCGAUUUGAUUAGUUACAAAAAGCAAAACGAAGCGGAAGGAGACUCACAUGAACCGAGCUUGGAGAAAGAACCCGCAGAGGAUGCAAACCAAGGUGCCACAAACGAAGCAAGUGCAGUCAUUGGGAGAACAUGUAGCUUCAUCUAUGAAAGCAAAAAAGUCUAUGGACUGAUCCAAAACGUCGUUAAAGAAAAUGACAUAGAACAACUGUUAAUAAAUAUAUUUGAAAACAAUGAGCAGAUUAUGAUUCCUCCAAAAUACGUCCUCAUGAACGAGGUACUCACGGAGUCUGCUCUCGCGGAGAACAACCAGUUCCAGGCCCUCUACAAGAAGGACGGCCUCUGGUACGACUGCAUCGUCUCGAAGAGCAUGGGUGACUCGUUCCUCGUCAACUACAUCGGAUACAACACAAGCGAGUACGUAAAGAACGACCAGGAAAACGACUCUUUAAAAGUUCAAAUGAGAAAAAAGAAAAAAAGAAUAGCUCUCAAAAAAAAACAAAAAAGUGAAUUGAUAAAUAAAGAGUAUACAAAUAAAACGCAGCAGUGGAGAUCGUUUCACGAAAAGGCUGUCAGCAAAAGCAAACACCUGCUCGUGGCUCAUAAGAAGGUGGAAAAUAUAGAAUAUAAAAACGCGCCUUCCAGUUUCACCAUCAGGAGGAAGUUCGACUGCAAUGAUAAUGAGGACUGA